AUGAGCCCCGGGGGCGCGGGCUGCUCCGCGGGGCUGCUGCUGACGGUUGGCUGGCUGCUCCUGGCGGGCCUCCAGUCCGCGUGCGGAACCAACGUCACCGCCCUCCAGGAUCCCGGCCUGGCCCACGAGAGCGAGAGCGAGGGCGACAACGACGAGGAGGCCGAGAAUGACAGUGAGGUGGCGGAGAACGAGGCCCCGGCCGAAGCCGCGGAGGAGGAGGAUGCUUCGAAUAAGACAGUAGUCAAAGAAGUAGAAUUUGGAAUGUGCACCGUUACCUGUGGUGUUGGUAUUAGAGAAGUAAUAUUAACAAACGGAUGCCCAGGAGGAGAAUCCAAAUGCAUUGUUCGGGUAGAAGAAUGCCGUGGACCAGUAGACUGUGGCUGGGGUAAACCAAUUUCAGAAAGUCUUGAAAGUGUUAGAUUGGCGUGUGUUCAUAUAUCUCCUACAAAUCGUUUUAAAUAUAUGUGGAAAGUUCUAAGGCCAGACCAACAACCUAUUGUGCUUGCAAAUGAUUCAGCAAUCCUGGAAGUACACAGGGAAAUGCAUCCCUUGGCUUUCGAGUGUGACACGCUGGAUAAUAGUGAACUGGUAGCAUCUAUUAGAUUCACAAUCUAUACAACAAAUGAAUUACAGAUGAGAAGAUCAAGUCGACCUGACACAGAUGCAGUCCUAGUUUUUGUGCUGACCACGGGAGUUAUUAUCUGUAUAUUUGUGAUCUUUGUAUUGAUCUUCAUAAUUAUUAAUUGGGCAGCAGUGAAAGCUUUCUGGGGGGCGAAAGCCUCUAUGACCGAAAUACAUUCUGAGAUGAGUUCUAUGAGGUAUAAAGAUUCAACUUCUCUUGACCAAUCACCAACAGAAAUACCCGGACAUGAAGAAGAUGCUUUAAGUGAAUGGAAUGAAUGA